AUGGUCGUGCCACAAGCUCUUGCCUAUGCUUCAAUCGCUGGACUUCCCAGUCAGUAUGGCCUGUAUGCCUCCUUCAUGGGCUGCUUUGUCUAUGUCCUUCUCGGCUCGUCCAAGGAUAUCACCCUGGGUCCCACAGCCAUCAUGUCCCUUCUAACUGCCAAAAGCUCGCAACAGGUCGGGGGCGUCACAGUGCCCGCACAUGCCAUCUUUCUGUCCUUCAUGGCCGGCGUCUUCCAAGUGGGCAUGGGUAUUUUACGCCUCGGUUUUCUUGUGGAUUUUAUAUCCUUUCCCGUCAUCAACGGCUUUACCACCUCUGCCGCCAUUACAAUUGGCUUUGGCCAAGUCAAGAGUCUUUUCGGCCUCCAUGGCGUUCGCCGGCCCUUUCUCGAAUGUGUCCAUGACACAUUUGCAGGCCUAGACAAAACCAUCAUGUUGGAUCUGGGUGUGGGCUGUGCCGGCUUUCUGAUCCUGAUGCUCCUCAAGGAGUGGAAGGCCCGCCAUGACAAGAAAGCGGGCGCUGUGGCUAAAAUAGCCUGGUUUCUUGGCACGGCACGAAACGCUGUCGUGGUCAUCCUGGCCGGGCUGUUUGCCUACGGCAUGCUCAAAGGCCAAGUCGUGCAGCCCUGCCAUAAGAAAGGCCCAUUUGACCGGAGCUGCAUUACCGUGGUCGGGGAUCUGCCCGGUGGCCUGCCAUCUCUCGAGGCUCCUGACUUGGGUCUAGCCGGCGACUUGAUAAGUAGUGCCUUUGUUUGUGCCAUGAUCGGCUACUUGGAGUCCAUUGCCAUUGGCAAAGCCUUUGCCCGCCAGAACAACUACAAGAUUGACCAAUCUCAGGAACUGGUGGCCAUUGGUGGUGCCAACAUCUUGAGCUCCUUCUUCCAAUCCUAUCCCAUCACAGGCAGCUUCUCGCGCACGGCCGUCAACUCGGCGUCAGGUGUCCACACGCCCCUGGGUGGCAGCAUUACCGGACUUGUCGUGAUUUUAGCGCUCCAGUACAUGACUAGCCUGUUCUACUACAUCCCACAAUCUGCGCUGGCCUCCAUUAUCAUCAGUUCAGUGGUGACCAUGGUAGACUACGAGUCACCUAUCAUCAUGUGGAAGGUCAAUCCGAUUGACUUGAUCCCCUAUCUUCUCUCCUUUUGGCUUUGCUUGAUUCUUGACAUCAAAUACGGCAUCCUGGCUGGCGUGGCCGCCAACGUCUGCAUUGUCAUGUACUUCACCGCUCGGCCGGGACACGACCUUUUACAGCGCUCCUUAAUUCCGGGUGGCACAAACAAUUAUGAACCUACCAAGUAUUACGCUGGCAUGGUUGAGCACCUUCCUAAUGGCGUAGCCGUGAUCCGUUUGAAUGGCGACCUAUUCUUUCCCGGUGUGGCCAACCUCAAGGAUAUGAUCGAGGAGUUGCAUGCAGAAGUGAAGUUCAAGGCUCUUGUACUGGACUUUGCACACGUGCAGCACAUUGACUUUACCGCUGCCACCGGCAUGCUGGAGAUUGUGGAGCUGCUACAGGGGGUAGAUGCCACGAUCGCCGUGUGCAACCUCCACAUCGACGUGUCCCAGGUUUUGAGUCGCAAUGGUGCUUUGGGUGCCGUUGUGGUCUGCAUAGUUCGACGAGCGGCGAUCGUCUGCUGGGCGAUGUUCACCGUCACGAAUCAUAUGGAACACACGUGA